GUAUUGAGUUCAUCGAUAUCUUGGAAACAAGAGAAUGCAGUUGCGUCCUACCAUGUAUCGGUUCUACCUUAAAUUCUUCAUUGUGUUCAAUAUAAUAAUUUUAAUCUCUUGUAAUAACGAAAAUGAUUUCAUUCGGGAUUACUUCGAACAUAGAAAAAUCGCUAACGUAGUCGGAUUUUCUUGUUACAACGUGACGAAUAAUAUCAAAUUGUUGAGAUCGUUCAACGAUAUACACACUUUCGUUGCAAUAUUAAAAAACGAAUACUUGAUAAAAUCUGAUGAGAUUUUGACGAAAUUUUUGUACACCAAUAAUCAUUAUUUAGGUAUCUUUUUGGAUCUGAGAUGUGAAAAUCAAAAUGUUAGCAAGCUUAUCUCGAAAGCAUCAAAAUAUCAUAUGUAUGACGAAGCACACAAGUGGUUGAUUAUAGGUCAUAAUUUAAAAGAGAGCUUGAAGAUCAUCGACGAUAGUAAUUUCAAUAUCGCUACUGAUGUAAUUAUAGCUGAACCAUCGACUCAUGGUUACGUUUUAUACGAUGUUUAUAAUUUAUCUAAAGAUCAUGGUGGAUCUUUGAAAACGAUAUUAUUUGGUACUUGGCACAAAGAAACUGGUUUGUAUGUUACACUGAUCAAACACAAAUUCAAUAGAAGAGCGAAUCUCCAAGGAAUGAAACUCAAUGUUGGCGUGCACUUCGAUCACAAAUUAUCGAAUAUGUCGAUCGAUAAAUAUUUAUUGGAUUACAACAACAAAUCGAAAGAUAGUCAUUCGAAAUUUAUGUACGCGAUUUUGAUUAACAUCGCUGAGCUUUACAACUUCACAAUUAAUAUUACGAAAAUAGAUACUUGGGAAAAACAUGGCAGUAAUCGUGGUCCAAUGUUCGUAGCAUUCGAAGAAGGUAUAAUCGAUAUUUAUAUAAAUCCAAGCAUGAUGAUCACUGAGAAAUUAAAUUAUGGUGACAUCAUCGCUCCAGUUUGGCCGAUACGGACAUGUUUCUUAUUUCGCAUGAUUUCAUCGACAAAUUUACAACUUACGCAAUUCAUACGACCAUUAUCUAUAAAUGUAUGGUACGCUAUGCUACUUAUAACAGCUCUUACAGCUUUUAUUUUAUUGAGCGUCUUAAGAAAAGAAGGUUUUCAUGAUUUCAUCGGACUCUGUGGAAUCUCGAUACUUUCUUCCGUCGGAGCUAUAUCGCAACAAGCUUCAGCUGUAGUACCUUACGGAAUUGCAGGUCGUAUAGCGUUUUUACACAUAAUGUUCUUCAGUUUGUUAAUCUUCAAUUAUUACUCAGCUAGUAUGGUAUCGAAUCGUUUAAGAAAUAUGGGAAAUAAAAUGAAUGAUUCAUUAAUUAGCUUAGCAGAUAGCAAUUUUAAGAUCGCAAUAGAACCUACUGAAUAUAUUAAUUCAUUAUUACAGGAACCACAUAUAGAUGUAAAAUAUUUUUAUCAAAAUCGUUGGCUGAAGCUUCCUCAAUCAAUGAGAUACUUGCCAAUAGAGGAAGGAUUAAAUCAUGUUGCUCAGGGUGGUUUUGCUUAUCACACGUUAACAGAAUCAGCUUAUCCAUAUAUCGAAAAAACUUUUGAAACUUCUAUGAUGUGCGAAUUGAUGGAAGUUCAUCUCUUUCGAACGACUUUAGGGCUUUGGACUAGGAAAAAUGGUCCCUUUACCGAAAUGCUAAGAAUUGGAUUUACGAAAAUGAACAAUAUUGGUUUACGAGAUCGUGAAUUGAAACGUUGGUCUGCUAGAAAGCCUCGUUGUCCGGCAAAUAUGCUUAUAGCCGAAGCUAUAUCGAUUCAAGAAGCCGCCCCUGUUUUGUUGUUCCUCGUCGUUGGCAUGGUUUUAUCGUUGAGUGUAUGUGCCAUCGAAAAUAUCAUUUUUUGGCUUUACUCCAAAAGAUCGUUGAUAAUAGAUAUCAAUAGAAGACACAUGGGUUGAUACGAGUAAUAGAAAUGUUCCUUAAUUAUUAAGAAUUAUAGAUCGACGUAACUGGGGAAGUAUUAAAUAUUUAGAAAUAUUAGAAUUAUUAAUAAUCUUCUAGUUCUAUGAAUGAAUAAAUAAAUAAACGUUUCUUUUUUUUGGAAAAUCUAUAAAGAGUUUAUGAUCUACAUAUAAAUAUAUCCCCACAAUGGAAAAGGCAAUUUUAAUCUUUUGAGAAAGCUAAAUCAUGCAGGAGUAUUCGCGAUUAUAAAAGAUCCUUUUUCGAAUCCAGAUGUACGUUUGAUAUUGAAUAGCGAUCAUUGGGC